GCUGCUGGGGGGAUGAUUGAAAGCGCGGCAGUGAAACCGUGGGGAUCUGCAGCAGCACGUUCCUUCUGCGUGAUCAACUCGUGCGCAACAACGUCCACUUGUGGAACAUUGCACGGCGAGAAAGAGCAAUUAUUGUCAUCCUGAAUGCUUAUGUUUGAAAAAGGGUCAUCACUACCAUCCGCCACCGCGACAGCAAUGCCCUCUGAUCAAUACUCGGCUGUCCCCAUGGAGACCAACAACAACAUGGCCGCUAUGGCGAAGGUGAUCCAGCCGCCGCCGGAAGGCAUGUUGGAGAAUGACAGCGGCGUGGAGCUGACCAAUGAGAGCAGCCCCCUGGCAGGGGCCGAGCCACCGUCGCCCUUCAGCCCCAAACAGUGCGGGGGUGCCUCAUCACCUCGGGAUGAUAACGUGUGUCUGGAAAGACGGGCUAGGACCAGGAAGAGGUCCGAGGGCGAUGAUGGUGCCUGGGACCCGUAUAGUAAAAACAAGACUCAGCUUGCUUUGAGAGAGAGGCCGCGCACUCGAACCAUCUUCCAGGCUGGUCUGAUGCCGCACGCCAAACCUCGCAGACAGACACGGAAACACGAGGUCAUCGCCAAUAUGUGUGGCCCAUCUUCUCGGGCGUACUCAUCCAAGGGGGUCGCAGAACUGCCGCGUCUGGAGUUGCUGGAGCAUGACUCCAAAGAUUCAGCCCAAAGCAGCGCCACCACCAUGUCCAGUUGUAACGCCCACACUGAAUACAACGACAACAAGGGCUUCAGCGUUGGUGAGCUGGUGUGGGGGAAGAUUAAGGGCUUCUCCUGGUGGCCCGGCAUGGUGGUGACCUGGCGCGCUACUGGGAAACGGCAGGCCAAUCACGGCAUGAGGUGGCUGCAGUGGUUCGGGGAUGGGAAGUUCUCCGAGGUCUCCGCUGACAAGCUGGAUUCCAUCACUGCCUUUGCCAAGUUCUUCAAUCAGGCGUCUUACACCAAACUGGUGUCCUACCGCAGGGCCAUCUUUCAAGCUCUAGAGAUGGCCAGCAUCCGGGCUGAGAAGAAGUUCCCCCUCUGUGAGUCAGACAACCCUGAUGAACAAAUUAAGCCCUUAAUGGACUGGGCGCAAGGAGGCUUCCUGCCCAAAGGCCAAGAGGGACUCAAACCCAAACGCGGCGCCAACAGUGUCACGCUUAACAUGGAGGUCUUGGACGUGUCCCUGCCUGAGUAUCCCCCCAGUGCCAAGCAGCCCAGACUCAGCGUGUGCAAGAGCAAGAUUGGGCCUGAGGAGUCAUACAGCAGAGAACAAAUGGUCAAUGAAGUCCUGAAGAAUAAAAGAAGUAUCGAAGAGUUCUGUCUCUCGUGUGGCAAGAUGAGAGCAGCAACCUUCCACCCGCUCUUUGAAGGAGGUCUGUGCCAAACGUGCAAGGACGUGUACUUGGAGACGUCCUACAUGUAUGACGAUGACGGCUACCAGUCCUACUGCACCGUCUGCUGUGGCGGCCGAGAGGUUCUGCUGUGCGGCAACGCCAACUGCUGCAGGUGUUUCUGUGUGGACUGUCUCGACAUUCUGGUGCACCGCGGGGCAUCGAACAAUGCGCGCUUCUUGGACCCUUGGUGCUGCUACAUGUGCCAGCCACUGCUGACAUAUGGCGUCCUCAAGCGGCGCCACGACUGGAGCGUCAAACUGCAGGAGUUCUUUGGCAAUGACAACGGACAGGAGUUUGAGACCCCAAAGAUUUUUCCGGCAGUCCCAGCAGAACAGAGGCGACCAAUCCGAGUCCUCUCACUGUUUGACGGCAUCGCCACCGGCUACCUAGUCCUAAGAGAUCUGGGCUUUAAGGUGGACCAAUACGUGGCAUCUGAGGUGUGUGAGGAUUCCAUCUCUGUCGGCGUGGUCCGACACGAAGGAAAGAUCCAAUACGUGCACGAUGUUCGGAACAUCACCAGGAAAAACAUUCAGGAAUGGGGGCCAUUUGAUUUGGUGAUAGGAGGAAGUCCGUGUAACGACCUGUCUAUUGUCAACCCAGCCAGGAAGGGCCUCUUUGAAGGCACAGGGAGGUUGUUCUUUGAAUUUUACCGCCUGCUCAGCGAGGCCAAGCCCAAAGAAGGAGAGAAUCGUCCAUUCUUCUGGAUGUUCGAGAACGUGGUCGCCAUGGGUGUCAACGACAAGCGGGAUAUCUCACGAUAUCUGGAGUGUAACCCCGUGAUGAUUGAUGCCAUUGAGGUCUCUGCAGCCCACCGGGCUCGAUACUUUUGGGGAAACCUGCCGGGUAUGAAUAGACCUUUGUGUGCAUCUGGAAUGGACAAGCUUGAGCUUCAGGACUGCCUGGAACACGGACGAGUUGCUAAAUUUGGUAAGGUUCGCACCAUCACCACACGCUCCAACUCCAUCAAACAGGGAAAGGACCAACACUUCCCAGUCUUGAUGAACGGAAAGGAGGACAUCUUAUGGUGCACUGAGUUGGAGAGGAUUUUUGGCUUCCCAGUCCACUACACAGAUGUGUCCAACAUGGGAAGAGGUGCUCGGCAGAAACUCCUAGGCCGGUCCUGGAGCGUCCCUGUCAUCCGGCAUCUUUUCGCACCCCUCAAAGACUUCUUUGCCUGCGACUAGAUGCCACCACUAACCAGCACAAAGAUCCUACGUCACCAGCAAAUUGACACCACAAUACCCUGUGAUCAUCAAAUCGAGGCCAGAACCUGAAAACAGAUACCACAGCAAAUCACAGCACAUAGACACCACCAGGAAACAUACAUGACACAUCACCAACGAAUAGACCGUGCCUUUCACCACUGCAUUGUGGCCAACCAUUACCAGAAUUUUGACACAAUUUGUUACCAGGAAAUAGUCAUCACCCUCACCAGCAACAAACCUGUCAUUAGCAUAUACUGUACGUAAGCUACAUGUUACUAGGCACAACCAACAAAUGGGCAUUUAUUACCGGCAAAUAGACACCGACAAGCACCAGGAAAUAGAAACCAAACCACCUUACAUUAGCUUAGGAGUCUUUCAAGGUCAUUUUUAGUCUGGAGGGACUAUGUUGCUAUUACCGUCCCUUUUCCUCGGCCAGUAUGCCUUUGUUUCACUUUUUGUAGUUAAUAGCAAGGCUGUGGAAGGAAGUUUUUUUUGUGAGAACUCUUUAGGAAGAAUUGAUAGCAAAGGAAGAUAGUAAGAUUGAGGGUUUUCUUCUUUUUUUUUUUUCCAAUUCAAAUUUUAGCUGGUCUUGAUUUAAUUUUUGUUCUUUGUUAGAAAAGACAGUCUGAUGUUUUCUUUAAAAAAAUGAAGAGUUGAUAGACUUAACAUGUUUUAUUUUUUGGUAUGAUUAUCGUGUUUAAAAGAUAGCUUCAUCUUCCUGAAAGGUCCCUCUACUGUAACAAUACUUGAAAUAAGCGAAUGCAAACAAAAAGAACAACAAAAUGAUUGGGUGAAUCUUGGUGUAUUUUUUACCCCAAUUUUCGAAAAGUCCUUAUUGUUUGGGAAGUAUCUUGAAGCGAAUCUGUUUACUGUAACGUUGUCGACAAAAACAUGCAGUAUUCUGUGCCGACAAGCACUGACGACUAAUGUUGUCAGACCUUAAGCUUUUGUAUUUUUAGUACUACUGUAAUUGUUCCAAGUGUCAUAACGGAACAUGUUUUUUUUGUUUUAUUUUGUUUUUUUGUGGGUGUGUUGUGGCUGUCACCAAAACCAAACUUAUAUUACCUCAAAGAAAUCUCUUUUUUUUUCUAUUGUCUUUAAUCACUGGAACGUUUGGAACAUUGUUUUCACAAUGAAAACACACACAAAAAAAGUUAUACUCAGUGUGUGUGUUUAGUUAUUUUUUUCUUAAGGGACCAAAAGAGAAAUGUUUACAUGUUUCACUCAUAAAAAUGUUCCUGUUGUAUGUUUGAACCUGCUCUUUUUGAGUGUGUUUUGUUUAAAUACUGACACCAGUUUUAGAGCAUAUUCAUCCAUAGAGUUAUCAUGGCUCAUAGAGUUAUCAUGUCUCAUUGACCCUUUCAUUUAACAAAAUUACAACUAAGAAGGUUUUUGCAUUUUAGGACUUCAUUGCUAGCAUUUUAAACAAGUUAAGCUUAUUUUUGAUACUUUUUUUAAAACAUUCAUUUUAAACUGUUAGUAGAAAAGUACUGUAUAUUGUGUGAAAUCUUCUGUAGAGUUUGUAUUCAAUAAAAGGCAGUUUCGGCUGAUUUAAAACAG